UCGCUCGGUAACCCGGUGUGUGCUGGCUCCUCUCCCCGGUCUCCCCAGUGAGCCUGUCCAGCCCGGCCCGGCCCGGCCACCUUCCCCGUGGCCCUUACCGAGACCCUCAGUGUGUGGCCCCCGGGGCCGGUCCGACAGCAAACCUGAGACGGGAUGUCAGUUAGAGGGAGGGAGCAGGCCAAGCGUUACCAUGACAACCCCGGGCAUCAGCUCCAGCGCGCACUGACUGCUGGGUAUACAGGCAGUAGCACAUGAUUGACCACAUUUUUUACAAUGAAGAAAAGCUCCCCACCAACAGGCGGUAAGAUCCCAGUGCCAAUUUUGUCAAGUCGAAAUAUGAGGUCUCCAUCACCCUCCAGUAAACCUAAAGCUGCUUCAUCUUCUACUGCUCGAGGAACCCUAACUAGCUCCCUCGAUGCGAGAGAAGAAAGUGAUACCAUGGAGUAUGAUGGCGUUAAAGGAAAUGAUCCUGGCGUUCGUUACAUCACAGAGUCGCUAAUCCAAAAGCUGACGAAGCAGGAAAACCUUGCAUAUGUUACCUCGCUGAAUCUUGCCCUCUCUAAAGAAGGAGGCAAAAAGUUCAAGUUUAUUGAAAAUCUUGAAAAAUGCGAAAGACUUGAAAUUCUGAAUCUCAGUUACAACCUUAUUGAAAAGAUUGAGAAGCUGGACAAACAGAUCCGGCUAAGGGAACUUUAUUUGUCUCACAACAAAAUAAGCAAAAUCGAAGGCCUGGAGCAUAUGCAACAUUUACAAAAAUUAAAUUUUGCUGGAAAUGAAAUCGAACACAUACCUGCCUGGGUGGGGAAGAAAAUUCGCUCUCUCAACAGUCUAAAUCUGAAGCAAAACAAGAUCUCUUCUCUUCAGGAUGUGUCUCGGUUAAAGACGCUGAAGGACUUAACAUCACUCUUUUUGGUUGAUAACCCAAUUGCAAAACUUCCUCACUACCGCUUAUUCACCAUCUUUCACUUGAGAUCUUUGGAUACCUUGGAUGGUCACCCCGUAACCAAUCUGGAGAGACAAGAAGCCCACAACAGAUUUCAUUUAGAAGAGGUAGAAAAGCUGGAGAAAGACCAGGAAAAAAAGGUUCAUGAGAUCGAUGAACUCCAAAUUCAAAAGGCCACGUUGGAAGAUGAGCUCCAAACCCAGGCUGAGAUCAACAAAAAGAUGAAACAGCAAGCCAUGCAGCACAAAAAGAGCUUUAAGGACCUAGAGAGAGAAAUGGAAACCAAGAAUGAAAUACUGAAGCAGAAGACCUUAGAGCUAACGCGUGCAUGCCAAAAGCAGUACGAGCUAGAGCAGGAACUGGCGUUCUACAAAAUCGAUGCCAAAUUCGAACCGAUGGGAUACAUGUCUCCAGAGAACGUUGAGGUUGAAGAAGCCCCGGGAGAAAGUCCUUACAUCGGAAAAGCCAGAUACAAAAGGAAUCUGUACGCUCAAGAAGGCUUUAUUGCAGACGUCGCACAGCCCCUCCACGUCGGGAAAGUUGAAAUGGAUGGUGACGAUCAAAUUAGAAAUAAACAGAUCUCUGCCAGAAUUCACACAACUCUCGAUAUAGACUUAGAGGAUAAAGAGAAAAAUAUACAAGCGGCACAAACAAGAUUGUCAGAUUUACACCAACAAAUAGUAAGAGCAGAAGAACAGAUUUUAAAGGCAACGGAAGAUCUAAAAGAUUUGGAAGAUGCCGUUGCUAAGAAAAAGAUUUCAGAGGCAGAAAAGGAAAAACUUCGGCAACAAUUAGGAAGCAAAAUCCAGCUGUUAAAUGAUCUGCGUCAGGAAGCCCAGGAGUUAGAAAACCAGAUGGACUGGCAGAGGGAAGAAAUUAGGAAGAAGCAGAAGGAAAUCGAAGACUUGCAAAGAAAACUGGACUCUCUCAGUCCCCAGGAUCCGCAACAUUCCCAUGUGAAGGCCCAGAAGGCCGGCAAAGAACAGCAGCUGGACAUGAUGACCCAGCAGUACCAGAAGCUUGAAGGUCGCCUGGACGAGAUGCUUUCCAGAAUAGCCAAAGAAACGGAAGAGAUUAAAGAUCUGGAGCAGCAGCUUACUGAGGGUCAGAUUGCAGCUAAUGAAGCCCUAAAGAGGGAUUUGGAAGGCAUAAUAGCUGGACUGCAGGACUAUCUAGAAAGCGUUAAAGGCCAGGCCAAGCAAGCUCAUGAGGAUUGUCGUGAACUUCAGGCUGAAAGAGAGGGUUUACUUCAACGGCUGUCAGAACUGGAGGAAGAAAACAAGCAACUGGAAAUUGUGGCAAUGGACGCUGAAAACAUGAGAAAGGAAAUUUCUGAUCUGGAGCGCAGCCUUCAAGAACAACACGAACUCAACGAAUCUCUGCGUCAAGCUCAGGGAGACCUCAGUGAGUACGAAGCAGAGCUUGAAGACCAGCUGAAGGUUCGAGAUGCAGAGGCCAACCAGUUAAAGCAAGACCUGGAGAGAUGGAAACGUCUCAGCCAAAUGGAGAAUUCUGCUUUGCAAGCAGAGCUGGAAAAAGAUCGGCAGGCGCUGGAGAACGCUCUCACUAAAGCACAACUGCUGGAAGAGAAGGAGAAAGACAACAAAAAGCUAUUGUCUCAAAUGAAGCAACUGCAGGGAGAUAAUCAUCAUCUAAAAGAGCAGGUCGAAAAUCUCCAGGCUCAGCUCGACGACGCAUUAGAUAAUUUAGUGCACCCUGAACAGAUCGUUGCACGUGUCGCAGACCUGAAACGGAAACUGCAGACAGGGGUCGGAGAAGUUAGGUGUUCCAGCGGCUCGGACGUUCUAGGGCAAAAUCUGGCUGAUCUCCAAAAACAAAUCAACGAACUGCUUGCAAAGGCUCAGGAGGAGAAGAGAGAGGCCUUGGAAAGGCAGCAGAGAUUACAAGACGAAAUCGCUAUAUUGCAAGGGAAGGCUAAGGAUGCUCCCGGAGACUAUAAAAGAGCCUGCAACAAAGCAGCUGAAGCGAGGAUACAGGCAGAAAGGAGGCAGCAUGAAGCUAAGGAGCGCCAGAUGGAGAACGAAAUUUGCCGGCUGAAUGAAAAAUUAAAAAACAUGGAGGAAAUCCAAGGCCUAGCAGACCAGCAACUCGUGGAGGCUGAGGACGACCGUGAGAAACUCCUCCUGGAGCUGCAGGAUUUGGAGGACAAGAGAAAAUUAGAAGACGCUCGGGCACAGAAAGAGUUGUCUAGUCUAGAACAAGAACUGAGGGAGCUGAAACGCGCAGUGGCGAUCUCCGACAAGAUGGCUGCCUCUGAACUUUCCAAUGCUAAAGAUCAUCUGAAGUCUCUCCAUGGAACGGUCCUUAAGCUAAAUCAGGAGCGAAUGGAGGAUAUGCAGGAAGCAGAAAAUGUCUGCUCUAAGACAGCCCAGGCUUCUCGAGACCUUGCUAAAGCUGAAGCAGAGAUUGAUCUGCUGCAGAGUCUGCUGAAGGAGACAGAAAAACAGCUCCAAGAGGAAGUGCAAAACGCUGACUCCGGGAUCGCAGCAUCAAGCUUACAGCAAGCGGAGAUUGACAAGCUGAACCAAACAAUGAGAAAGCAAAGAGUGGAGAUGGAUCGCCUGAAACAUCUGCUGGAUCAUGCUAACGCUGAUAACGUUGGGGAGAUAGAGGAUCUGCUGGAUGAGAUUGAUAACCUCAGGCAUGCCCUUGGCUACCAGAAUGAUUACCUUACCAGCUUGACCAAUCCAUUCCGUCGCAGAGGCUACUGGUAUUAUAUGCCUUCCUCAUCAAAUUCAUUGGGACUUGAUUCUGCCAGCACUAAAGACUCUGGAGUUGGUGUUCAUUACCCAAUGACCUCAUCGCCUGCAAAACGAAAAUGCAGCCAUUGCAAAUAUCCCAAAAAGGAAGAUCGGGCACACUUUGGACAUUGGGUCUACUCUCCUCUCCGACCUGGACUGCAAAGACUGCAUACUAACAGAGAUAACCGAGAUGUUGAUGACGAUGAAGAGAACAGACCCACAGUGCCACAGACGUGUCACUUUGUGCCUCCUCCAGGCUCCGUUAUUUAUACUGUUCUUCCAGAUGGUACUCCUACACCGCAAGGGACUGUUAUUUAUGGACCCCCUCCCCCAUAUAGCCCCAGGCCGGUGGCUCCUGGAACGGUUAUAUAUGGCCCUCCACCAGUUGGAACACAGAUUGUGUAUGGACCACCCCCACCUCAAUUUACAAUUCCUCUUAUCCCUACUGGGGUACUUCACUGCAAUGUGCCCGCACACCACAAUAUGGAAAAUGAAGUUACUCGUCUCGAAGACAUUAUUGAUCUUCUGAAGUCUCGUCGGCACAAAGACAAGAAAACAAAGGAAAGAUUACGAGACAAUAUAGAUAACCUUGAGCAUCAAAACAAAGUCCUGAUGAAGGAAGCAGAAGAACUGCGCACACGAUCCCAGAAACGUAAAAGAAAAGACUUUGUCGAAGGACAUCUUGACAACCUGUUUACAGAGCUGAAUCUUGAAAAAUCCUUGCAGCACCACGAUGACAUCAUGGACGAGAUUGAAUGCGUUGAGAAAACCCUCCUUAAACGCCGGGCAGAGUUGUGCGAGGCUGACCGACUUCUGGCUGAAGCUGAAACAGAAAUGAAGAAUACACGCGAAAAGACCACUGAUAUAAUUGAAAAGUACAACUGUGCCAAAAAGCGCCUUAGCCAGACGGAGAGUGAUGCAGAGGAGCUAGAGCGACGCGCACAGGAUACCGCCAUGCAGCUGGUAAAAGCUAAUCAGCAAUUGAGGAUCUUGCAAACCAACGCACAAGACCUGGAGCAACAUCGACUGGAACAAGAGAACAUCCUGAAGGAAAUCAAUCUGGUGGUAUCUGCCAAGGACGCCGAAUUCCAGGCCCUCAGCAGCAAAAUGGAUACAAUGGCCGACGGUCUCCAGAAGCUCCAAGCUGAUAUACAGGUGGCAGAAGGAAAGGAAGAUCUGCAUUUAAAUACCCUGCAAGAAGCUGAAAGUAUUCUGCAGGACAAGGUGGUCUCACUGGAACGCUUAAACUCUCAGGUAACAACACAACAGCGAGAAAUUGUGGAGCUGGACAGGCUCAUUGGCCAGAAGAAAGAGGAACUGCGUCUCAUUCAGGAUCACAUUGAACAAAAGAAAUCAGAUCUAAAGGAAGUCUUACGGGAUGGCGAGCUGGAUGUGUCUGAGCGACGGCAGGACAUAAAGGAGGUCAGGUCUCUGUUGGAGGAUUUAAGUGCCCAAAAAGGGGAGCUGAAUGCCCAGCUGAACGAGAGGAGGUCGCAGUUGGUUAUUCUCAAACAGCAAGUGGAGCGGGAAGAAGAUAUCCUUCAGAAAGUAGCCUCCCAAAUCAAUAAGCACAAAUCAGAAUUGAAGCAUGUGUUGGAAAUGGUGCAGUUUGAAAACAAUGAGCUUGAAGGGCUUAAAGUACAGCACGGCCAGAAAGUUGAUGAAAUGGAGAAGAUACAGGCUGCCGUACUGGAGGGAAAGCUGGAACUAGAAAACCUUCAGCGGGCAUGCCAUCGCCUGCGCAGGGAAGUGGAGUGGCAAAAACAACUGUACGAGAAGGAGCAACGAGAAAUGGAGCUUCUGAGAAACGAGAUGCAGGCUCUGCAGGAGAGCAUGGAGUCUGUGAGCCGGAACAAGGAACAGCUGGAGAAAAACAUCCAGGAUCUGGAGAAAAGGCUAGCGCAGGCUAACCGAGACCUCGUCACCACUGAGGAGUGCAAUAGAACUGGGGCUUCAACUCGGGAGAAAAUGGAGGCUGACAUUCAGAACCUGCGCAGAGAUCUCGAGCAGCUGAGUAAACGGAAACAAGGCCUGAAGCAGGAAUCUGACAAGACUCAACAGUCCUUGCAAGAGACAAAGGAAGAACUGAACCUUCUUAAAGAUGAACUUACUGAUGCGAAAGACCAACUCAAAGUAGUUGAACAGGACCUGCGAAAUACCACAAAGCAGCGAGACGACAUGUUACGAGAGCAGGCUACACUCAAACUGGAGAAUGAAGAGAGUUCAGGAAGAUACCAGCUCCUACACGAGAAGGAGAUCAGAAUGGAGCAGCAACUGAACUGCUUACAGAGGGCAACAGAGGAGAAAGAGGAGGCUCUCGCCAAACAGGAAAUGCUCCUUAAGCAAAUCAUGAAAGAUGCUGAGUGUCAAGAAGACCAGCUUAGAGAGUCCACUGCUAAACUGAUGGAUCACAAGCAGACCGUGGAAUGGGAACUGGCAAACAGACAAAACAUGCUGGAGGUGCUAGCCUCCAAGGUGAAUGUUUUGGAGGAACGAGCCCUGAAACUGCAGCAGGAGGAGAAGUGGUGUCUGGCUUUAGAGGAUUCUCUCAAUAAUACCAAACAUCAGCUGACCCAGCGAGAAGAGCAAUUACUGGAAAAAAACAAUGAAAUUAUGGCUCUGAAGGGAGAACUGGAGAUUUCUAACAGUGAUCGAAGCCGCUUGCAAGAUCAGAUGAAUUCAGAGAAAAAGAGAGACGAGAAAAGAAUCACGAUGCUCAAAGAGGCCCUGAAAGGUCAGAGGUCACAGUACGACGAUAUCAUCCAGGAACUUAAAGAGGCAAACAGUAGCCUGCAGAAAAAACUUGUUACAGUGGAACGAGCGGCUUAUGACAACCAUGACCGAGCAAGGCGCCUGCUGAAAGAAGUCAAGCUGAUGCAAGCAGAAUACACAGUUCUAAAGAAACAGCUCCGAAGCCAAGAGGAUCUGGACCAGCGACAGCAGGACGUCAAUGAAGCUGUCAGAGUAUUAAAAGCCCAAGUAAAAAUGGAAAUCCAAAAUAGCCUUAAAGAUUUCCGUUGCACGGAGGACCAGGAGCUGUUAGAAGAUGUGGAUGCGGUUCUGGAAGAGAAGGAAAGCAUGAAGUCUCAGUUAGAGAACCUAAAGGAGAAUUUUCCCUUUACUGCCAAUCAGGACUCACGGCAGCCAUAUAAAGAGACUCUGGGAAUCUCCAACUCACGUGUAAUGGAUGAGCAUUGGAGAGGAAAAGCUUUGAGAGGAAAACUACAGCAACACGAAGACAGACUCAAGGCUGAACUCAAUCAUCUCAUGUCUAGACAAGCAGAUGCACUGAGUAAAGGACGCCAGCAGACAGAGGGGAGCCUGCACAGUCUAAGAAGACAGGUCGAUGCUCUGGAUGAAUUGGUUGGCCAUGUGUCAGCCGAUUCUACGUUCGAUUCACACAGAUCUGCUGCCAUGGCUUCUUUGCAUGAUGCCCUGAACCCUCCAUGCCAGCAAUCUAUACUCGGAUUACAAAUUACUGAUGCCACCAAGAUAUCUACUCCAUUUCUAUUCAACACCACAUUCCCACCGGGAGUUUGACCCUGAAACGUGAAGGUGGGACCAGGCGUUUGGUACAUCUGGUGAAGACG